AUGGUGGAGAAUAUUACUGGUUACGAGAAAACGAAAAGCAUCAAAGAAAGUCUUUUCUUUGUAGUAUCAGUAGCUGGACAGGUAAACGACCAUCUUAUAUUUCUUUCCGUGCUGCAUUCUUUUUUGUCUGUUACUGCAGUUGUGGGCAACACUCUGAUUCUAAUCGCUCUCUACAAGGAAUCUUCACUUCAUCCGCCGUCCAAACUACUCUAUAGUAACCUCGCAGUGACUGAUAUAUGCGUUGGCAUUAUUCUUGAACCGCUUGCUGUUACGUAUUGGAUAGCUCAUUUGACUGAACGAUGGACUGUUUGGCGCUAUGCACUCGACUCAAACUUAAUCAUCAGCUAUAUUUUAUGUAGCGUGUCUUUGCUGACAAUGACUGCUAUAAGCGUGGACCGACUUCUCGCCUUGAUGCUAGGUCUCAGGUACAGACACGUUGUGACUUUGAAAAGAACAUAUGCAUCGAUAACCAUGUUUUGGGUUGUGUCCAUUGUAGGCGCAACGAUGUACUUUCUGAAUCCCCUAAUUACUUCAUGGUAUGAAAAAAUUGGCAUAUCAUUAUGUCUGAUCACUUCAGCCUUCUCUUACACAGCCAUUUUUCUCACUUUGCGUCACAACAAAAUUCAACUCGAUGGUCAUGUUUCUCAAAAAAGAUCGAGUCAAGCAAUUCCACUGAACAUAGCACGAUACAGAAAGGCAGUGUACAGCGCACUGUGCGUGCAAGUUACAUUGGUUGUUUGUUAUCUACCGUAUGGUAUAGCGGUAGCUUUGAAGCCUCGAGAGGGUUACCCCUUACCUUUUUACCUUGUUAUGAAGUAUACUGUUUCAUUAGUGUACUUAAACUCAUCUUUAAACCCUUUGUUGUACUGCUGGAAGAUCAAAGCAGUCAGACAAGCGGUAAAAGAAACACUCAGACACAUUUGUUGUAGUAAGAGUUAGAUAUCGGGCAGUAUGUUCAGUUUCGAUUUAGAAUCAAAGCUUCCAGAUUCGGAAUUCCGGUUUAAAAUUUUAAACCGCAAAAACUCCGUUUCGUCCAAACUGUGGUUGAUUCCAUCGAGCAUUUACAAGUGUGAUGUUACUUAACCCCUGAAAUAGAUAGUAGACAACUACGCACCAUUAUACACUAAUAGACCUUUUUACCGAUACGGCAGCCAUAUUAAAUUUAUUAGAUUUAAGGAGAAUUAUGGGAUGCCCAGGGGGGCACUCGCUCAGUAUUUACGCGCGCGCUUCGGGCAAAAGAGAACUUCACUGUUUAUUUCACAGGAAAAGGGCGGUCAUUAUUACAUCCAAACACAGCACAACGAUCUUUUUUUCCCAUUACAAUCUUUUUCUAGGAAAACUUGAAGAAAAAUUGGCCCGAAAAGCGCGCGUAAAUGCUGUGCGAGUAUAUCGGAUCGUGCUCAUGCCCCCUAGGCAUCCCAUAAUACCCCUUAAAUCUAAUUAAUUCAUUAUGGCCACCUUAUCGGUAAAAAGGUGUAUUGCAUGGUAUUCUUUUGUGUACAUGUAGCUAUUUGGAAAAUUGUUAGUCUCAGUUUCAUAGGUUAAGUUAAAUCACUCUACUUUCCCUGUUAAUUAUCUUUUGAGCUUCGCUUCUUAAGUUUUAUUCAUCGCAAAUUUGUCCGAAUUGGUGCCGCGCGUGGAUUGCUGCUUUAUUUCAGUUAUUUUUUGUUUUCCCUUUCCUUUUUUAGGUAUGGUUAUGUAUCCUACUAAAUUUAAAACAAAAGAAAAACAAAAAUUCACUGAAUACAAAAUUACCUACAACAUACAUUGUAUACAUAUGAAUACAUCGGGUUGGUCUCCGCCGUCGCUUCGCAACAAAGCCGCUACAAAACAAACUACGACAAACUUAAUCGGUUGUUAUUUGCCAUCUUUUCAGGGGUUCUUUACCAGGCCAACUAAAGCGUAUUUACAUCAUUGAACUCCGUAUUACAAGGAAAAGGGACAAAGUACACAACCAUCUUAAUUAGUUAGAAACGUUAAUCAGUGGAGUUUCCAAUAGUUGGUAUUGUAAGCUUUAAUAAAGCCGCCCGGGAUAUUCUUUGCCAUGUAGAUAUUGUACUGAUGUAUGACAUAGAUUUUUAGUAUGUAUAGUUAUAGGUCUAGGGGUGUGUAUGUGUGACUUGGUUUGCUCUACUUGAACACAGUUAUUUUGUUCUUUAGAAUUUACACAGUCCAGCCAUAGGAUUAAACGUAAGUAGCAUGAAUUACAACCCCUUCAAAGAUAUCCGACAAAUAGGCAAAUCUACACAGUCCAGCUGGAUGAACUGUUUUGAAUAUUAUUUAUUUUAUUUGCAAGCAAAUGGGUAGUUCAGGGGCCUGGGAGAUUUUAUCUUAGAAUUUCGAGGUCAUUAUAGUAAUAACUGAACACACUGUAAUACGGAAAAAUGACAAAUAACAGCACAAAACGCAGCUAAACGCGGGCAAGAAAAACGUCAAACCAUAAGCCACUUUCACGUGAUACCGUAGAAUUACACUGCUUUAAGUAGGAAAGGAUUUAAAGUUUCCAAACGAAAAGAAGAACAGAGAAAUUAAGCAUUGUAUCAUUUUAGGAACCUAAAAAAGAAGGACCACUGUUUCGUUUUACAAACCCUUUUAAAAUGCCCAGUAUACUACUUUAAAACACGGAACUAUGUAGCCUAGAGGCUUGGAAGCCGUUUUUAAAAAUGACGUGUUACGAUACUUAAAAUGACAAAAGACCACCCGUCUUCAGUAACCUGUAGUGCAGAUAAGAGUAGAAUGUAUAUUUUUUGCCGUCAGAUUAAUUAUCUGGACUUUUAAACCGAGCUUUGAAAAUAUAUAAAAUAAAACAUGACGCAAAUCCUCCUCAGCCUUCUGACAAAGGACUGAUUUUUUUAUUUAAUCGUGAAAAAACCGCUGGGUAUUAAAAAAGACAGAGAAAGAAUAAAUUUGCAAACCUGUCAAUUAACAAUAUUGUAAUCAUAACAGACCUUUUUAAAAUCCUCAUUUGUCAUAAAAUUCGUUAAAUUAUUGCAAUGCACAAACACACGUAAGUGAAUGGGGAAGAAGACACAUGGCGGCUGAGAAUUUGACUGAAGAGGAGGAAAAGACGUCACUUGAAAAAUACUUUUGCUCUACAGAAUUAGUUGAACAAGUAAACGGCCAUUUAAUAAGUCUUUCAGUUUUUCACAUCUUGCUGUCUAUUACCGCAGUUCUGGGAAACGCCCUAAUUCUAACUGCUCUUUACAGAGAAUCUUCACUUCAUCCGCCGUCCAAACUGCUAUAUUGUAACUUGGCGAUAACUGAUCUCUGUGUUGGUUUCAGUGCGGAUCCUCUAGCCGUUAUACGCUGCACGGCUCAGAUGAACAGGCAAUGGAAUAUUUGUCGCAAAGUGUUUCACUACAAUAUCAUUAUUAGCUAUACUUUGUGUUCCGUAUCUUUGCUGACAGUGACCGCAGUAAGCGUGGACAGACUUCUCGCUCUGUUGCUAGGGCUCAGAUACAGACAACUUGUUACUUCGAAGAGAAUGUAUGCAGUAAUUGCCAUAGUGUGGGCUAUAUCCAUUAUCACCGCCACUAUGUACUAUUUAAAUCCCCAAAUUACUUUUUGGUAUGGCAAUAUCGGUAUAUCACUGUGUUUAGUCACCUCAAUCAUCGCUUACACCAAAAUUUUUCUCACUCUGCGACACAGCCGAUUCAAAGUACAAGGUCACCUUUCUCAAGGACAAUCAAGUCAAGCAAUUCCGCUUAACAUAGCACGAUACAGAAAGGCAGUGUACAGUGCACUGUGGGUGCAACUAACAUUGGUUCUCUGUUAUCUGCCGUAUGGUAUCGCGGUAGCUCUGACGCCAGAAAAAGGUUUACCUUUAUCCGUUUACCUUGCUAGAGAGUAUACCCCUACUUUUGUUUACUUAAACUCGUCAUUAAACCCGUUGUUGUACUGCUGGAAGAUCAGAGAAGUCAGACAAGCGGUGAAAGAAACACUCCGGCAAAACUGCUGUUCAACAAGUUAA